GAGUUCAAGUUAUUUCACUAAAAAUAAAGAAUCAGAUGUUAUUAAAAUUAUUUCCAGUAUAAAUUGUGUUAGUGAUGUUUCGGUGUACAAGUGAUUUACUUUUCGGCAAUGGGAUCAUAUAAAACUUUUAAAUUAAGAUAUCUCGUAAACGGAAAGCACACUAUAUCAAUGGAGGCCCUGUUUUCAUUUAUACAGGUGGUGAGCGAGAUAUAACAAUUGCAGCACAAAAUAUGGGAUUUUUGUUCGAUAUUGCGCCCAUUUUCAAAGCACUGCUGGUUUUUUUUGAACACCGUUAUUAUGGAGAGUCUCUACACUUUGGAAACGGAACAUUCUCAACUACCGAAAAUUCAAUAUAUCUAAGCACAACACAAGCGUUAGCAGAUUGUUCGUUUCUUAUUGAUGAUUUAAAAGGGAAACUCUUUGAAAAUGUUAUAAAUUUCAAGAUUGAGCCCUUAAUUGCCUUUGGAGGAGAUGCUAUGCUGGUUACGUAUGAAAUAUCCAUUUUCAGUUAAGGGAGCCCUUACUGCGUCUGCACCUAUUUUUUACUUUCCCGGACUCACGACUUGUGAAGACUAUUAUCAGAUAAUUAUGAACGUUUUUGAGAAGUAUGGGCAAAUUACGUCAAUAUUUAUUACAUAUUCCUUGAAUAUUAAACUGUGGAGUUUCUUGGAAAAAUGAAACAAAAUUAUAUAUAAACAAAUUUAAUAGAUUUUUUUAUUAGUUUUUCUUGAAACUUUUAUAAUUAUUAUUGUCAAUUAUUACAUGAAUCAAAUAAUGAACUAUUUAUAUGAUCUAUCAACAUAUGUAUUGAUGGACAACAAUUAAAUACUAUAUAAUAAAUUUAAUCAUUAGUACUAAUAAAAUUAUUUCUUGAUUAUACCAUACAUUUUUGUGAAAAUCCUAUAAUUUUGUAGCAUUUAUAUUUUAUUUGUAUAUUUUUGAUAUUCUUGGAUUGCAGGUGCUUUUUUAAUUUUUAUUUUAAUGAAAAUAGUUUUUCGGGUGUUUGAAGCUUUCGGAGCUUGUUUGUGCUUUUUUAAUAUUUUUUGUUUGCAUUAAUAUUAUUAAAUGAAUCAUUAACUAUAUUGAUAUUUUAUCUUUUUUUUUUUAAUCAUUAUGUAGGUUAGGUUAGGUUAGGUUUUCUUUUUAAUCAUUAUGUAGGUUAUUAUAUUAUUGUUAUUCUGUCAAAUAAACCUACGUGUAACUUUACUCAGAGGUGAAAAGAUCAGCUCUUAUAAAAAUUAGUUAUUAUUAUUUGUUUCUUCUUUAUUAUAAAUAAACAUUGUUAGAUAAAAAAAUUACAUAAUGCAUUAAGAACCAAUAUAAAAUAAUAGCACUUGUAAUUUAUUAAAUAAUAUUAAUUUAAACAAAAAAUAAUAAAACUAGUUCCUACUAAAGACAGCAUAAAUAAGCGUGGAAAGAUUUACAAAUCAUUAAAACACAACCCAAAUAUAUCAGAAACAAAAAUAUAAUUUUUAGUUUUUACCGUCUAACUAUUGCAUGAUGAUGCGAAUAUAUAAUUUUCUUGUUUCCGUAACAUAGUUAUUGUCGGCCGGAUUACAUUUUUUUUAAAUCCACUUGGUUUGGAGUUUUAGGAAUAUUAAUAGAAAAUACAGAAUCAGAUAUAUUGUUUACAACGAAAGCAGUUAGCCAUGAUUCCAUGUCUCCAUUACUAAAAACUAUAUUGGAAUAAUAUUUUAAAUUUUUUCCUCCAUAAGCCAAUGUAGCCCAAUCCGGUCGAACAUUUUUAACUCCAAAUUUUGCAUUGCAGUCUUGUGCAUAUUUUUCAUAAUUCCAAGGAGUUGUGACAAACAUAUCGUUUUCAGUUGAACAUCUGGGACUUAAAAGUUCUGUACAUUUUUGAUAAUUCCAAGCAACUUCAGUCAAAUCCUCGUUUAUAUAAUUAACAUUGUUGCACAAAUUAUUUUCAGUAUAAUUGGUAUAAAAGUCUGAAGCACGACUAUAAUGUUGUUUUUGUUGUUGUUGUUGAUUUCGUUAUAUGAAGUGCAGAAGACUUUCACAGGAUAGGCCGGUAGAGGAGUAUAGAAAUUGGUUGGAUUAGUAUUAAGAUAAUAACGAAAUAUUUGUAAUAAUUUUGCAUUAUUCUGUUUUAUUGAAUAAAUAGAUAUGUAUUUAAAA